GCCAAAACGAAGAGGAAACCAUAUUGAUAUUGAUAGAAUGAUAGGGUUGAGAACCGAAGACCCAAAUUUAGAUCCUGCAUUUCCAAAUCAACCACCAAAAAUGAGCGAAACCGGCAGUGGUGGAGCAGUUCCGACGGGAUGUUACAAGUGCGGCCGCCCUGGCCACUGGUCCCGCGACUGUCCUUCAAACGCUGACCCUAACUCCAACCCUAAUUCCAAUCCAACUUCUGAUUCUGCGUACCCCAAAUCCUUCAACAACUUCUCAAAGUCCGGCAAUGGUGGUAAUAGCAAUAACGGCAGCAGUAGCUUCCAAUUGAAGCCCACCGGUUCUGCUUCGAAGCCGAAGAAGGCGCCCCGAACUCGGCCGAAGCUCACCCCGGAGUUACUGCUCUCCGAUCAAGGUCUCGGGUACAUUCUCCGUUAUUUCCCCCGUAAUUUUAAGUGCAGAGGCCGUGGCCAUGAGGUCAAUGAUUUGAGGAAUCUACUACGUAUGUAUGCUGAAUGGCACGCACAAUUACUUCCAUACUUCCCAUUUGAUCAGUUCAUACACAAGGUAGAGGAAGCUGGAUCCACAAGACGUGUGAAGACCUGUGUUGCUGAGUUAAAAGACAGAGUUGCUAAUGGAGGGGAUCCCACAAAGCUGAAAGAGUCUUUUACUGAAAAUGAGACCCAGUGUGAUAAAGAAGAUGUCUUAAACGUGGGGGAGCCUAAUGGGAAUGAUGCUGAUGACACGCAUGACUUGCCUUUUAAUGGGAAUGAUGCUGAUGAUGACAUGCAUGACUUAACUUUCAAUGACAAUGACGCUGAUGACAUGCAUGCAGAUAUGCUCAAUGAAAUAUAUGACAAGACUGUUGAAGAAACACCCGCUUCUAGGCAAUCUAACACGACAGGUGCUGAUAUACCGCCAAGUGACCAAUCAAUGAAACAUUCAGAUAAAUCAAUAGGUAAUGGUAAAAGUUCCGAUCCUACUCGGCUUACAGAAGAAGAAAAAUCGCUGAUAGAAGCCAAGAGACUGAAGGCACUUGAAAAAGCUGCUGCUCCGAGUGAUAAAUCAGUGAAAAUUUUAGAUCAGUCAUUAGGUGUAGGAGGUGGCAACCCCAAACCUAGUCAGAUUACAGAAGAUCAAAAAUCACUGAUGGAAGCCAAGAGACAGAAGGCACUUGAGAGAGCUGCAGCCCGCAGCAGGCUGUUGCCAUUGCCAACCUCUUGACCUUGUUUGGCGCAUUGUGGGUACUUCUUUGCCCCCCUUUUAUUGCUUAAACACAUCUGAAACAAGCCCUUAUGUUCAUCAUGGUUUUGUUAUCACUUCAUUCGCAGAAACUAGGAAUUAUCUUUGAAUUAGGAGCAAUAUCAGCUGUAUUAUAUACUCUACUCAGAUAUGCCUCUGUACAUUUGCUGUUACCAUCAUCGUGCUUCAGAGCUGAAAUUCUGUUUGGUUGAUGAUUGAUAACUUCUAGCUUUGUGCGUAUGAAGGAUUUCAGACGGCAAGAUGUCUGAUUGACAAUGGGGUAUAACUGUAUAAGUGACAGUGAAUCAAAACUGAAGAAAAAGGGUUGAAUUCUAGAAAUUCUGUGAAGCAUCCUUAGAUAUAUGGACUCUUGUAUCCUUUUUUCUUUUUUUUUUUAAUUUUUUUAUUUUUAUUUUUAUAACUAAUUUGGCUUUCAGAAGAUGAAGUUUUGAGAAUUAUUGGUUGAUAAUAUUUUGAUGUUGCAAGCAAGAUUUUGAUUCUAAUAAACCUGCUAACGAUUAAAGAGUACCGGUUUCAAGUUAAGUUUAAGAUAA